CCCAUAGAGUGAAAGUGAUUGAGACCUUCAGUGAAGCUCCUCCUACAACAAUCCACCAAUAAAUGCUGGAGUCAAACACACAGAGAAAUCACUCCAUGUGUGACAACUGAAAUCUUCAUGACAUAAUGUUGAUGCUGGUGAAAGAGGACCUUGAGAAGAUGACCGAUCCACAACCAUGCAGAAUAAAGGAUGAAGAAACUGAGGAACAAAUAGAUAUGAUGGAAGUGAAAGAGGAGUGUCAAGCUGAAGUGGAUGAGAAACAUCAGAUUGUAAAAAUAAACCAUAAUGUUUCACAGAAAGAAACUCCGAAGACAGAAGACAUAAAAUGUGAAAAUAGUUUCAGAGAAGAUGAACGCCCUGCAGAUCACAAGAGGACUCACAGUGAAGAGAACCCUUUCACAUGUGAACAGUGUGGAAAGAGUUUUAGAAGAAAAGAUAACCUUAACACACAUGUGAGUGUUCACACCGGAGAGAAACAUUUCACAUGUCAACAGUGUGGAAAAAGUUUCAGAACAAAACCUAACCUUAACGCACACAUUAGGAUUCACACUGGAGAGAAACGACACGUGUGCCAUCAGUGUGGAAAGAGUUUUAUAACUGCAGGUGAACUUAAGCAACACAUGAUGACUCACACUGGAGAAAAACCUUACACUUGUCAACAGUGUGGAAAGAGUUUCAGAACAAAUCCUAAACUUAAAGCACACAUGAGGAUUCACACUGGAGAGAAACCACAUCGGUGCCAUCAGUGUGGAAAGAGUUUUAUAACUGCAGGUGAACUUAAGCAACACAUGAGGUCUCACACUGGAGAGAAACCUUACAGUUGUCAUCAAUGUGGAAAGAGUUUCUCUGUUGAACGUAGCCUUAAGAUACACACAAGGAUUCACACUGGAGAGAAACCACAUGUGUGCCAUCAGUGUGGAAAGAGUUUUAUAACUGCAGGUGAACUUAAGCAACACAUGAGGACUCACACUGGAGAGAAACCUUACAGUUGUCAUCAAUGUGGAAAGAGUUUCUCUGUUGAACGUAGCCUUAAGAUACACACAAGGAUUCACACAGGAGAGAAACCUUACACUUGUCAUCAAUGUGGAAAAAGUUUCUCUGUUAAAGGUAACCUUAAGAUACACACAAGAAUUCACACUGGAGAGAAACCUUACACAUGCCAUGAGUGUAAAAAGAGUUUUAAAACUGCAUGUGAACUUAAGAAACACAUGAGGUCUCACACUGGAGAGAAACCUUACACUUGUCAACAGUGUGGAAAGAGUUUUUCUGUUGAAAGUAACCUUAAGAUUCAUGCAAGAAUUCACACUGGAGAGAAACCUUACACAUGCCAUGAGUGUGAAAAGAGUUUCAAAACAAAAUCUAACCUUAACUCACACAAGAGGACUCACAGUGAGGAGAAACCUUUCACAUGUCAACAGUGUGGAAAGUGUUACAGAAGAAAAGAUAACCUUAAAGCACACAUGAGGAUUCACACUGGAGAGAAACCUUUCACAUGUCAACACUGUGGAAAGAGUUUCACCUUGAAAGCGAACCUUAUCCGGCACAUGAAUACUCACAGUGAGGAGAAACCUUUCAGAUGUCAACAAUGUGGAAAGAGUUUCACCUUUCAAUCAGGCCUUAUCAGGCACAUGCAAACUCACAGUGAGGAAAAGCCUUUUACAUGUCAACAGUGUGGAAAGAGUUUCAGAAGAAAAUGUAACCUUAAAGCACACAUGAGGACUCACACCGGAGAGAAACCACACGUGUGCCAUCACUGUGGGAAGAGUUUUAAAACGCCAUGUGACGUUAAGAUGCAUUCAAGAAUUCACACCGGAGAGGAACCUUACAUGUGUCAUCUGUGUGGAAAGAGUUUCAGAGUUGAAUUUAGCCUUAAGAUACAUGCAAGAAUUCACACUGGAGAGAAACCGUUCUCUUGCCAUGAGUGUGAAAAAGGUUUCAGAAGUAAAAGUAGCCUUAUAACACACAUGACAAUUCACAAAGGAGAGAAACCUCAUGUGUGUCUUCAGUGUGGAAAGCGUUUCAUUGUGAAGUAUCAACUUAAGAGACACAUGAAAACUCACAGCGAAACGAAACCUCAUGCAUGUCUGCAGUGUGAAAAGAGUUUCAUAGAUAAACGUGGACUUGAGAUUCACAUGAGAAGUCACACUGGGGAGAAACCUUACAUAUGCUCUCAUUGUGAAAAGGGUUUUACAAGUGAAGGCGCUCUUAAGAAACACAUGAAAGUUCACACAGGAGAGAAACCGUUCACCUGUCAACAGAGUGGAAAGAGUUUUACAGUAAAACGUUAUCUUAAUGCACAUGUGAGAAUUCACACUGGAGAGAGACCAUACGUGUGUCAACGGUGUGGAAAGAGUUUUGGGACAAAACCAAACCUUAAAGUACAUCUGAGAACUCACUCUGAAGAGAAACCGUUCACGUGCCAUGAGUGUAAAAAGAGUUUCAAAACAAAUGCUUACCUUAAAAAACACGCAAAAUUUCACGCUCAAUAGUGUCAACAGUGUGAAUAUGGCAACAAAGUAUAGAAAUGCUGAGGUCUUAUUAAAGGAGUGGUGAAUCAAACAGUAAAUUUUAACUUUAUAAUUUAUUAUUUAAGAGGUCAUCAUACCUAAAUGAACAUCCUGCAUGUUUCAGAACUGAAAAUGUCCUCUUAACUGAAAUAUAACAGUUUUUGGCACCAAGCCAAGUAAACAGUCGGUUCAGGAAUGUGCCGAAAUGUGACGUCAAAUUAGAAUUUAACCACCUCCUCCACACUCAAAGUGUCAAUGACCACUUUUGUAGCCCUCCCACAGCUUUGCGUGACACACGUUUGGACCAGGGGCAAAGCAAACAUAGGCACUCAACAAUGUGUAUGUUUCAACAAUCAGUAAGCAUGUCUUUUAAAGAUUUCCAAAUGUAACCAGAAUGACUUAAAUACAUUUUUCCUGAGAGACUUUUAUUUUGACGCAGUGAUCUGUUAUGAGCACCAGUCGAAACGGAAUAUUUGUAACAUUACCACAAAUGCUCGGAACCUAACUUUAGGAAUGCGUGGUUGAAGUUUGUUUUUAAAGAAGUUAAAAGUGUGGGGAGUGUUUGUUUACUUUUUAACAUUUGGAUUCAUUUGUUAAGAAGCCUAGCCUGGGUUUCCCCAUGCUGCCUUGCGCGCAAAUUUAUUCACGCUGCAAGUCUAGCAUGGCACCUAUGGCCCAUUUUUGCCCACCGAAGCAGUUUUGUUAUUUGUUAUAACGCGGCAACAGAUGCGAAGUUACUUUUCAAUGCAGCCUUAGAUAGUGUUCUAAGUAGUUUUGAAUGCAAGUUUAUUUUAAUAAAAGAGCAACUUUAGGCAUUAAACAAUUUCAUAUCAAAGAAGGAUGUUUGUAUAUGGCAAGACAGAGUUUUAUAGGACCAACCUGCUAGGCAUCGUCGUCGACGAAGUCCAUUUAACUUAUAAAUGGUAAGUGGUAUUUAUUAAUAUCAUAUUGUCAUUAUGCCUGUACUGUGGUUGUCACAGUGCCACUAAAAUGUGUUGCUUUUCAAUACAAUAUACAGCUACUGGUUUAGUUGCAUAGCUUUCAGCUGUGUGCACACGAACCGAUAAAAGUUGUUUACGUUUAAAUUGAUGUCUCUCUACAUACGUCAUCUGGUAUAAUUGAAACGAUUGGCUAUGAGCUACGUACAGACGCAUUUGAUAGACAUUCGUAGCGCCCAAUAAACGGCUCUGAGCAUUAAUAAACCACGCCUCAAAUACGAGAAAAUGAGCAUAUGGUUCCCAGACCACAUCUCAUUCUCUAUGAGACUGGUCUGGUGUUAACCAGGCUAAAAGUAGCCACAAGGGAUGCUGGAUUUGGAGAGAGACUGUGGAGGAACCUUCCUUGACAUUGAUAUCCGAGAUGCCGGUCUUGCUUGUGUUUUACGCGACAUGUAAGUUGUUUUGAUUUGUAACCCUUUAAAAAUCGCAAGAUUAGUGUGUAGACUGUAGUCAGUGCGUCUUCCCACAGACGAUAUAGUGCAUGUCAAGAGGUAUUUUACUGCAAUAUAACAUAACGCAACAUUCAAUGGUGUCAUGUCCGAAUGGUCAUUUUCAGACACUUACUAAUAGUAGAGUUUGAUAGAGUUUGGUACUGUACAGUGUAGCUAUCAUAAUUUUGCAUCAUAAACUUUAAGAUUUGUACUGUCAAUACAUUAUGUGAAAAAUCAUUGUAGAUUGUAAGUUUGUUGAUCUGAACACUUAAUUCUGUGCUGUGUUAGCACAACCAACGAAUUGCACUAAUACUGUAAUAUGGCUAACAAUUUCGUUUUGAAAAUUACAUGAAACCUUACAUAAUGAAAUAAAACUUGAAUGUCAUCAAAUGCAACAUUUAUAAAACUUGAUUACUUUACCUCAUCUGUCAACAUGAUUUCUUGUUCCUGUCUAAUUGAUGGCCAUCAAUGGUUGAGUUAAAGCAGGAGUGGGGAACCCUGGGUCCUGGAGGGCCACUGUCCUGCAGAGUUUAGUUCCAACCCUAACCAAACACACCUGCAUUUCAUUUUCAAGUAAUCCUGAAGACUUUAAUUAGAUUUUUCAGGUGUGUUAAAUUGGGUUUGGAACUAAACUCUGCUGGACAAUGGCCCUCCAGGACCAGGGUUCCCCACCCCUGAGUUAAAGGGACUGUAAGUAGGAUUUACCCCCAUAUAGUGGUAAAAUUGUAUUUUGCAUUCAAACGAACAGUGCUCUCUAGCGCGUCGCCUUUCCAAAUGCAUGUUGUAACUACGGUAGCCGUUAUGUAAUCACUGAUCUCCUUUGUCCGUUGCAGCUGGUUCACGUGUUCUGAAUGAAAACGCGUUGUGGAAAUGCGUUGGUAGGCUAGUGCUUUUUGUCCCUCUCUGCUAUUAUAGUUUAUCAACAGUGUUGGGCUAGUUACUUCCAAAGUGUAAUACAUUAUAUAUUACAAAUUACUGUCAUUUGAAAGUAAUUAGUUACAUUACAAUAUUACUGACUCUGAACUGUAAUGAGUUACACUACUUUUGCAUUACUUUUGAGUUACUUUCAUCAAAAUAACAGAAGUAUGACUAGGCAUUAUAAAAUGUUAAAAUGUAGUUUAUUGAUGCUAAUAAAUCUAGAAGGUAUGUGUUGGCCCUCGAGCUUUGAAUAGGCACAGUGAAGACUUAUGGCAAAAAACAGUAACAAUGACUGUCAGAGUAAUAAACAUGGACAAAUGAUCUGGUAAAAGUCUGGUAAAUGAUGGUCCACAUACCAAACACAAUAAAGCUAGAGCCCACUAUAAUGCUGUUAGGACUCUGCCAUAAUCUUGUUGGUAAUUAUAUCUAGUUUUGUAUGGCAGGGUUCUAACAGUACAAUGUUUUGUGUGGGAGAACGUGGUUUUGGUAUUGUUAUAUUAGGCCACGUUUUUCCCGUGUCUUGUGACUUCUUCCCCGCUCCCUUGUAUUAUCUAGUCUUUGUUUUUAUGUCUUGUUUAGUCU